GUUUAUGAUAAACUCUCCGUGAAUAUGAUGAGGAGCAAAGAUGUUGACCGUGACGCACUGCUCGAUUGGUCAAGGUGGAUGAAUGGUUUCCGACUCCAGUGAUUGAUGUUGAUCAUCUUCAUCGCCCAUCGGCUUCGCCCACUUCCCUGAGAGUGACGAGAUGAGCGGAGCCGGGUUGGACAGAGCACGAGCAGUGGCUGGGAGCAGCCACGAUCAGCCUGGAAAUGAACCUGCUUUGGGAAUGCAAGGUGUCAACUCCGAUGGAGACGCUGAUGAUGAAUCAGAACACUCGAACUCGUCGGCCAAGAGGGAAAUACUAGAGGACCUCCUCGACGAAGUGAAGUUCCCCAUAUCGCUAAAUAUCCGUGGUCUCUUCUCCCUCAAGGUUUUCACGCCCGGCGCAGCGCAACCGUUUGUGCGCGAACACCAGGCGAGCGGACCGUUUGUGCAGCUUGCCACCAGACAAAAUCCGGCGCUUUCCGUCUCGCCCCACAUCCCCCUCUUAAGGACCGGAGGACCGGACAUCGUGAAGAAAAAGAAAAUCGCUUGCCACCGGAGACAGCACCUCACGGAAUUAACAUUGCGGCCAUUGACUGGUGAAUGGAGGCAGAAACUCGGUCCCGGUUUACGUUUGGAGAUAACAGAAACGGACUACGCGCGCGUGGCGAUAACUGAACGGCUUCCGAGUCGAGAGGCAACUAUACUGCAACUCCAUGCCAUCGAGGAAGACGAUUGGUUCGGCACGUGGGAUUGGGACUGCGAAGACACGUGUGCUGAAGAGUUCGGCUCAAUUGGAGAAAAUCCAUCAGAAGAAGUGAAAGAAUAUUUCGAAAAAAUCGUUCGCAGCAGCAAAGAAAACAGGCGAAAGGCUAGACAACAACGUACUCGGCGCGCAGAACAUCUUCUUGAAAAGCCCGUCGUUAAAGAAUUCUACGACAGCUUCGACCGCGGGCGGUUUAUCGGAAAAGUUUUUGAUGAAAAUGUCAACGCUUGCAACUUGUCAAAAUUGUCCAAAGCUUACGAAUGA